UAGAUAUUGGAUUACAGAAAAUAACAGAGUGGAGUUGAACGGCGGAAAGCGUUGCGAAGUUGUUCUUCUUCCGUAGUUACCACAACGAACGAUCCAAAACUCUCCAAGGCGACCCGUAGUCAAGGUUACAGAUCCUUCCCAGAAGUUCCUUCGAUCAUAGCAGUUUUGCUGUGUAACUGAGCAUCUCAUGGCAGCAACAGCCCAACCGACGUUUGUGACGCAACAGGGAUUUGAACAGAAAGAAGUUCAAUCCUCGGCGCGAAGUUCUGGUAAUGUUACACAAGCAGAAUUCACGUCUACGAGUCUUCCGCAUGGAAUAGUCGUAACUCCUUCGACUAUCUCGCAUUCAGUCGCUCAACAUCCUUCUUUACCUCAAACUACUGUAACGUUAGCGGUUCAGGCCCCUCAAAUACAGCAAAAUCAAUCGCUGCAGCAGACAGGAACGGCUCAGAUUAUCGCAGCAAGCGUUAUAUCUCCCGAAGAAUUUCAAGCAAGCGCAGCCAUUUCAAAAGAAGGUUUUAGUACCGGAGAUGUUCAGUACGUGGAAGCAACAGCUGAACACGCACUUUACCCCAAUGGUGCAGGGAGUAACGCCUUCCACUACAAUGACAACACAAUGUUCACUCAGCAGGCCUCGGCAACAGCUUACAUGGAUGCAGCAGCACAACCUCAGCAGGCGCAAACCUUUUCUGCAGUUCACUCAGCAGUAACACCAACAGUUGUGACGGCUGCUAACGCUGCGCCAGCGACAUAUGCACAGGUAGCUGGUCAGCAGGCACAGAGUAUUGCUCGCCAUCCUAUAGCACAUACUACCAGAGCUUCGCCAGCUACUGUUCAGUGGUUGCUUGAAAACUAUGAAACAGCAGAUGGAGUUAGCUUACCUCGCAGUACCUUGUACAAUCACUAUUUGACUCACUGCCAGACACACAAACUGGACCCAGUCAAUGCUGCAAGCUUUGGCAAGUUGAUACGUUCAGUGUUCCUUGGGCUGAGAACAAGAAGACUUGGAACAAGGGGCAAUUCUAAAUACCAUUAUUAUGGCAUCCGUAUCAAGCCCAACUCACCUCUCAAUGCACUGGCAGAUGACUCUCAAGUUGCACUGCGACAAUCUCCAUCUACCCAGAAAAGGCUUAAGCCUGCCAGAUUAGAUGGUUCAGAGGGACCUGAUGGAUAUUCUUCAUCAGCUGGUGGUUCUGUAGAUCCAGCUCAGCAGAGUCAGCAUCAUCAACACCAGCAGUACCUUGGUGAUGUGACACAAGGCUUACCUGACUUUGAAGAUUUGGACACGAAAGGAGCUCCACUUCCAGAUAAUAUUCAUGAAGAAGAUCUAGAUACCUUUCAAGACAUGUACAGAGAGCAUUGUGAGGCUUUCUUAGAUGUUGUAGUGAAUCUGCAAUUUGCAGUAGUGGAGUCCCUGUGGCAGAGCUUCUGGAGGCAUACUAGUGAGUCAGGAGAGAAGAAAACAGAGGAAGAAGGAGGACAAGUGCUGUCAACAUCACCACAAAUAAGAGAACUUGGUGAUGAUGAAGAUAAUGAGAAGAGGCUUCCCAAGAGCAAAUUGAUGAUUUUAUGUGAAUAUGAGCCAGUAAUUGCUUACGUCAAGAGCUGUGAUCAUCUUCUUUACCAAACACUGGUAGAGAUACUAAUACCUGAAGUGCUCAGACCCAUACCAUCUUCCCUCACUCAAGCUAUUCGAAAUUUUGCCAAACGACUAGAAGGAUGGGUAGUGGGUUCUCUUAACCAUGUGCCAAAGAAAAUGGGCACUGUCAAGGUCUCAACUUGCUGUGCCUUUGCCCAAACACUGCGCAGAUACACGUCCUUGAACCAUUUGGCCCAGGCAGCUCGUGCUGUGCUACAGAACCCAUCCCAGAUCAACCAGAUGCUUAGUGAUCUCAACAGGGUUGACUUUGCCAAUGUACAGGAACAAGCAGCAUGGGUUUGUCAGUGCGAUGACCACUUGGUUUACAGGAUUGAACAGGACUUUAAGCUUACCCUACAGCAACAGAACUCCCUUGAACAGUGGGCAACAUGGUUAGAAGGUGUUGUUGAUCAGUUCCUUAAGCCUCAAGAAGGCAGUGAUGGAUACCCUAAGGCAGCCAAACAAUUCCUUCUCAAGUGGUCCUUCUACAGUUCAAUGAUUAUCCGUGACCUGACCCUUCGUAGUGCUGCCAGCUUUGGUUCCUUCCACUUGAUCCGCUUGUUGUAUGAUGAGUACAUGUUCUACUUGGUGGAACAUAAGGUCUCCAAGGCUAUUGGUGCUUCUCCUAUCUCCGUCAUGGGAGAGUAUGUUGGCCUUGGUUCUGCUCUGGCAAUGGGGUUAGAUGCUGUAGAAAAUAGUCUUCUAGGCAACCAAAAUGGUGAAAAUGAAGCUAACCUUGGUGAUCUGAUGGUACCUACUGUGCCAUCAUCUCAACCUGAGUCAACUGAGCCAGAAUCAAAGAGAGCAAGACCAAGCUAGACACAAGAUAUUAACCAACACAAGAUAUAAUCAUUAAAUUAGAACUUUAGUACUGUAACACAUAGAAUAAUUGUAUUGAUAAUCCAGUUUGAAUUAUACACUGGACUUAGAGGUAUAAGGGAAAGCAAAUGUUAAAUACCAUUUUUAAAGUACAAAUUCGUGAAUGCUUUUAUAAAAUUAUAGCUUGCAUCAUUUAACUUUAAAAUGAUUUGAAACUUUUUCAAAGCUCCACACAAGAAUGACUUGUGACAGUCUAUUAUUUGUAUAUCCAUUCUGCUGUCUCUGGUGACAUUGCUUGUAAAUAUUCCUAACUAAAUGCAGCAAAGCUUGGUGGAGAGUAGGAUAAAAAGAUAGUGGUUGAUCUAGAUAACAGUGGCUGUAACUACAUAUAUGUCCACAUACACACACUGCAGUCAUAUUUUUAUUCUUCUUGCAUGUACCCUUAAAGUUACUUAUACAUAAAGUAGUGGUUCACACUAGUGUCGUGAUCAGAGUCUGAAACAAGAUAUACACACUAGGUAGUUUACUGGGUAGUUUACUGCUCAUUGACAGUGCUUUUCUUUUUUCACACCUAGGUAAUACAUGGAAUACUGCUUCUGAUUCCGACACUAAUAUAUAGUGUGAAACACUUAACGCUUAACAAGUUGAUAGUCUUACUUUAGGAGAAAUACCUUGAUGUUUGUUUGUUUACAUUUGAAAUAUUGAACUUGAAAUAUUGAACUUGAAAUAUUCUUGAAAUAUUGCACUGCUACUUGGAACAUUUCUGCUCUUUGGUGCAACUUUGCAUGGCUUGAAUCUACCCAAAACUAUAAUGAAAUAACAAAAGACAUGCUACCAUGUUGGCUUGUAUAUAAAAAUACAAUAAAACUCUUUUGUUAAAUUCAUUCCACAUGGUAUUAAAGAGCAAUAUUUUCAGCUUUGUACUA